AUGCUCGACACCCUGAACGAGGACUGCCUAAGACUGAUCGUGUAUCGCCUCGAUGAAGGCAGUACAAUCGCCUUCCACAGCACAAACCGCCACUUCUUUCAUUCCGCCGAUGAUGCUGUUCUCGCGACACACUUCACCAACAGAGCUCACCUGGUUAACUCAUACGGUCUCCAAGCCUUGGCAGACAUGACCGCCGUACCACGCAUCCGUAUCGUUAUCCGCUGCCUCACGCUGAUUGUUCCGAGCACUUAUCUCUACGAUGGCUUCGCUCAAACUCGUGCGGCGGAGGAGUAUCCUGACAAGGCCAAGAAGCUUCGCGAGUCGGGAGGAUCCAGACAAUCCACUAACAAAGAGACUAUCCACAGGCCUUCAAAAGACAAUAUUUGCGUGGAAGCCUUGUACAGAAAGCGUGUACGGCAACUUGCUGCGGAGGAAAGUAACGAGCUUCUCGAGAGUGCUCUCGGCUCCACGCUACUCGAGCAGAUCUGCAACAAUUUGAAGGAGGCGGGGCGUUCCUUCAAAUUUGUGACGCGGUCUUGGAGUGCUGAUGGUGUGAGAGAGUUUUGCUGGGUUCCAUUCUUUGACGAAUCGCCCAAUGAUCAAGGGGGUGUGGAGUACUCAAACGUCUCCGGUCUCUGA